AUGGCGCGGUUCGGAGACGAGGUGCCGGCCAGGUACGGCGGAGGGCCCGGCGGAGGGGGCCCGGGCGGCCGCGGCGGUAGCAGGCAAGGUGGACCCCACGGACACGGUCACGGUCACGGCCACGGGCACGGCCACGGCCAUGGCCACGGUCCGCCCGGAGGCCCCGGGGCCCAGAGAAUGUACAAGCAGUCUAUGGCGCAGAGAGCCCGGACAAUGGCCCUCUAUAACCCCAUCCCUGUGCGCCAGAACUGUUUCACUGUCAACCGGUCGCUGUUCAUCUUCAGCGAGGAUAACUUCGUGAGAAAAUACGCCAAAAAGAUCACCGAAUGGCCUCCAUUUGAGUGGAUGAUUCUCGCCACCAUCAUCGCCAACUGCAUCGUCUUGGCUCUGGAGCAACACUUGCCUGACGGGGACAAGACGCCGCUGUCUGAACGCCUGGACGACACAGAGCCGUACUUCAUUGGGAUCUUCUGUUUCGAGUCUGGAAUAAAGAUCCUGGCACUUGGCUUCGCCUUCCACAAGAACUCCUACUUGAGAAACGGAUGGAACGUCAUGGACUUUGUGGUGGUGCUCACAGGGAUUCUGUCCACUGUGGGCUCAGAUUUCGACUUGCGGACCCUCAGGGCUGUACGAGUUUUAAGGCCUCUCAAACUGGUGUCCGGUAUUCCCAGCUUACAGGUGGUGCUCAAAUCCAUCAUGAAGGCCAUGAUUCCCCUGCUGCAAAUUGGCCUCCUGCUUUUCUUUGCCAUCCUCAUGUUCGCCAUCAUCGGCCUGGAGUUCUACAUGGGCAAGUUCCACACGACCUGCUUCGACAAUCACACAGGUGAGAUCCGGGAAGAGUUUCCAUGCGGGACCGAGCUGCCGUCGCGGCUGUGUCCGGAAGGCACCACCUGCAGACAGUACUGGCUGGGACCAAACUACGGCAUCACCCAGUUCGACAACAUCCUGUUCGCUAUUCUCACCGUCUUCCAGUGUAUCACCAUGGAGGGCUGGACUGAGCUGCUCUACUGGAGCAACGAUGCCUCAGGGAGCGCAUGGAACUGGAUGUAUUUCAUCCCCCUCAUCAUCAUCGGCUCCUUCUUCAUGCUCAACCUGGUGCUGGGCGUGCUGUCGGGGGAGUUUGCCAAAGAGAGAGAACGCGUGGAGAACAGGAGCGAGUUCCUGAAGCUCCGAAGGCAGCAGCAGAUCGAACGAGAGCUCAACGGUUAUCUGGAGUGGAUCUGCAAAGCUGAAGAGGUCAUCUUGGCGGACGAUGAAAAUGAAAAUGAUUACGAUGGUUCCCGUAGGAGAGCCACCAAGAACCACAAGAGCAAAGCUGAGCUUCUCAACCCAGAGGAAGGGGAGGGAGACCUGGCAGUAGGUUCACCGUUUGCUCGCGCCAGCUUGAAGAGCUCCAAACUCGAAGGCUCAACUUUCAAGCGGCGGGAGCGAAGAUUACGCUUCCUUAUCCGACACGUCGUUAAGUCGCAGGCCUUCUACUGGACCGUGCUGUGCCUGGUGGGCCUCAACACGCUGUGUGUGGCUGUAGUGCACUACGACCAGCCUGAACCACUUUCAGAUUUUCUAUAUUUUGCUGAAUUCAUCUUCCUGGGGAUAUUCUUGUCAGAGAUGAUGAUAAAGAUGUAUGGCCUGGGCAAGCAGGCCUACCUCAACUCCUCCUUCAACUGCUUCGACUGCAUUGUGAUAUGUGGGAGUAUAUUUGAAGUGCUGUGGUCCAUCAUCCAGCCGGGCACGUCAUUCGGCAUCAGUGUGCUUCGAGCUCUCAGGUUAUUGAGGAUCUUCAAAGUCACCAAGUACUGGGCAUCUUUGCGUAACCUCGUCGUCUCUCUGCUCAACUCCAUGAAGUCCAUCAUCAGCUUGCUCUUCCUGCUCUUCCUCUUCAUAGUUGUCUUCGCCCUGCUGGGCAUGCAGCUCUUCGGAGGACAGUUUAAUUUUGAAAAUGGCACCCCUCCGACCAACUUCGAUACCUUCCCCGCAGCAAUAAUGACAGUGUUCCAGAUCCUGACCGGCGAGGACUGGAACAUGGUGAUGUACGAUGGCAUCAAGUCUCAGGGCGGAGUCAACAAGGGCAUGGCCUUCUCUGUCUUCUUCAUCGUCCUCACGCUUUUUGGCAACUACACUCUGCUGAAUGUGUUCUUGGCCAUCGCUGUGGACAAUCUGGCCAACGCACAGGAACUGACCAAGGAUGAGCAGGAGGAAGAGGAGGCUGCCAGUCAGAAGAUCGCUCUGCAGAAAGCCAAGGAAGUGGCUGAAGUCAGCCCGCUGUCUGCUGCCAAUCUCUCCAUUGCAGCCAACAAAGUACACAGUGAGUGUCACAACGCUACCGACCCCUUUCUGGACUGUAAGGAGCAGCAGAAGAACCACAAUAAGGGCGUCAAUAAGUCGGUGUGGGAACAGCGCACCAAGGAGCUGAGGAAGCAGACUCUGGCGUCCAGCCGCGAGGCCCUCUAUAAUGAGCUGGACCCCGACGAUCGCUGGAAGGUGAACUUUGCACGCCACAUCCGCCCAGACAUGAAGACCCACCUGGAUCGACCCUUAGUGGUGGACCCCCACGAGAACCGCAACAACAACACCAACAAGACCACUGCCAACAAUUCAGACCUCUGUGUGAGCCAGCACCAUCCCGCCGACGAGCUCAACAGGCAAACUCGCCUCCACGAGCACCACGGCCAAGUCGGAGGAGGCGGCGGAGGAGGUUCGGGACCGUCCAGGCCUCCGAUGGAGCGCGGGGAGUCCACGGAGAGCAAGCGGAGCCGCAAGGGCGAGCACCACCGAGUCUCCCAUCGGCUGGACGCUACAGUGAUUCCCGGGCCGGGCUCGGAGGAGAGGCCGUCCAGGCGCCACCACCACACCCGGAGCGGCAGUCGAGGGGGAGGACAGUCGGAACACAGGAAGCCCAGGUCGCAUCGAAAGAAUACAGAAGAUAGCGAGGAUGGCGCAGGAGGAGGUGGAAGAUCAGGAAGACAUAAGAGCAAAGGGGUGGACGGAGGUGGAGACGGAGGGGAGCACGAGGGAGCCGGCGAUGGCGGCGAGAGGAGGCCAAGAAGGAGUCGCCAUGGAAAUCAAACCGAGGGCGAAGGGAAGAGGAUGUGCCAACACAGAAGGAAGGAUUGCAGCGUCCCUAACCUCUCCACCACACGUCCCAUCCAAAAGAGCCUCUCCAGGCAGAACAGCCAGUACAGCGAGGACAUGGACAACCUCAUGAACACCAAACUGGUUUCUGGCUCGACUCCGCCCAGCGAUGGUCGCCCCAAUCCGAUCGCCAAUCACACUGUAGCCCCUGGCUUCGGAUCCGCCCUCCAUCUCGCUAACAGUGGCACCCAUGGAAGUCUGGUCACGUUGGACAGCUAUGGGAAUAUCGGACAUCACCGUGCCAACAGUGUGAUCAGGCUGCCUCACCCUGACUACACAGCUGUGGAUAUGCCAAUUUUUCCUUCCACCAAUGCCAUACUGCAAGUUAAUAAAAAUGCCAACACAGAGCCUCUGCCAGCCAAGGAGGAUAAGGACGACGACGAUGACGAGAAGGGAGGUGAAGGAGGACCAAGGCCCAUGCCUCCAUUCAGCUCCAUGUUCAUCCUGUCCACCACCAACCCGUUUCGGCGAGCCUGUCACUACAUCUGCACCCUGCGUUAUUUCGAGAUGUGCAUCCUGCUAGUUAUUGCCAUGAGCAGCAUCGCCCUGGCAGCUGAAGACCCCGUCUGGCCUGAAUCCCCUCGAAACAACGUUCUCCGCUAUUUCGACUAUGUCUUCACAGGAGUUUUCACGUUUGAGAUGCUGAUAAAGAUGGUGGAUCUGGGGUUGGUCUUGCACCAGGGCUCUUAUUUCCGGGACUUGUGGAACAUCCUUGACUUUAUAGUGGUUAGUGGUGCUCUGGUGGCCUUCGCCUUCACCCAGGCCAGCGGCGGCGGGGGGAGCAGUAAAGGAAAAGACAUCAGCACCAUCAAGUCUCUGAGGGUACUGAGAGUGUUGCGACCUCUGAAGACUAUCAAACGUCUUCCCAAACUCAAGGCUGUGUUUGACUGCGUGGUGAACUCUCUGAAGAAUGUGCUCAACAUCCUGAUCGUCUACUUACUCUUCAUGUUCAUCUUUGCUGUGGUGGCGGUGCAGCUCUUCAAGGGCCGAUUCUUUUACUGUACCGAUGAGUCCAAAGAGUUUGAGCGUGACUGCAGAGGCGAAUAUUUGGUGUAUGAACGCGAAAACGAAGUGAAGGCGCAGAAGCGGGAGUGGAAGAAGUACGAUUUCCACUACGACAAUGUGGCUUGGGCCCUUCUCACCCUCUUCACUGUGUCUACCGGAGAGGGGUGGCCGCAGGUGCUGAAACAUUCAGUGGAUGCGACCUAUGAGAAUCAGGGCCCGAGCCCAGGGUACCGGAUGGAAAUGUCCAUCUUUUACGUGGUGUACUUCGUGGUCUUCCCCUUCUUCUUCGUCAACAUCUUCGUAGCUCUUAUUAUCAUCACCUUCCAGGAACAAGGGGACAAGAUGAUGGAAGAUUACAGUUUAGAAAAGAACGAGAGAGCCUGUAUAGACUUUGCCAUCAACGCAAGGCCUCUGACGCGUCACAUGCCUCAGAACAAGCUGAGCUUUCAGUAUCGAAUGUGGGAGUUUGUGGUGUCGCCGCCGUUUGAGUACACUAUCAUGGCGAUGAUCGCACUCAACACAGUUGUGCUGAUGAUGAAGUAUGACGGAGCUUCUAAUACCUAUGAAGACGUGUUAGCCAACCUGAACAUAGUGUUUACCUCCCUCUUCUCCAUGGAGUGUGUACUCAAGAUCAUCGCAUUUGGAGCUCUGAAUUAUUUCAAAGAUGCCUGGAAUAUUUUUGACUGUGUGACAGUUCUGGGCAGCAUCACUGACAUCCUGGUUACCGAGCUUGGGGUAA